AUGCUCGGAACCCCGCCUUUUCCUUUGAACCCUAGGCCUAGCCUACGUAAUUUUCUUGUUGAAAUUGAGCAGCCAAUGAAAUCACAGCCUGCCAAGCGUCUAAAAGCAUCGUUACCAGAUCAAAGGAAUCAAUUUAUGCAGAAGUUACGCUCUGAUAGAAAUGAUGGAGAUAUUACAAAUAGUCCUUGCAAGAGUCUCAAGUUCAGACUAUUAUCACUGUUGGUCUUAAUUAUUGGGCCACCUUUUCUUUUAUACCUGGUUCUUUCUUGUGUUAAGAAUCAGUGUGUGCUCUUCCAACUUUCUUUGGUUGUUCCAACUCACCCAAGUGCAUAUUUUUCUUCGUAUGCUGCUUUACUUGUGUUUGGAUUCAUAAUGAUUAUGCUUUUGAUCAGCUUUACAUCCAGACCUGCUAAUCUGAAAGAUAGGAACGGAUUUGACCAGCCACAAGCAUCAACUGCUUUUGCCUCUUUAGUCUGCGCUACCAUGAUUAUGUUGAUACUAGCUUAUCUAAAACCAGAAUAUAUUAGAUUCUUAUUUGAAGAAUACUUGCGAAUGUUUGCAACAACUACAGCAUUCUGUAUUGGUUUUAGCUUUUUUGUAUUUACCUUAAAUAUCAUCGGAGUCCUGGAAAAAGACAGGGUUUUUUGCUACCCAAUGGCAUUUUUGUAUGGCUACAACACACAUGUGAAUAUAAGCCAAGUGGAGCUCAAGUAUUUCUUCUAUGUGCAUGUUGGAAUGGUGGCUUGGGCUUUGCUUGAUCUCAUAAUUUUUCUUGAUGUAUCAAUAAAUCAACCCUUUUCUUGUUCCGUGGCCUUCUUGGCUUUUACACAAUAUGUUUUUAUAGCCCACACCUUACUUUAUGAGUCUUACUUGCGAAAGCGGCCAUUCGUUUCUACUGAAGGGCUUGGCUUUUUAUGGCUAAUGCAAGUCCUUAUGUACCUUCCUUUCCUGCACUCACUGCCAGUUUAUUAUGUUGCUACUGUGGAGACUUCAUUAUCUUGGCAGUUCAUCUUAGCUGAUACUGUCUUAUUUAUUUACGGUUUUGUUAUCAACAUAAGUUCCACUCACCAGAAAGAAAACUUUCUAAGUGAUCAUCAGUCUUACAGAAAUUUAAAAUCCAUUCCUGGCCCAGCUCACAGUGGAAAACGCUUGCUAGUCAGCGGAUAUUGGGGUGUGUUACAGAAGCCAGAUUACUUAGGUUACAUGAUCAUUUGGUUGUCAUGGACAAUUGCUUGUGACUCCAGCUUACUGGCUUUUGUUGUGCUUUUAGUUGUAUAUGGGACCAUGUUUAUAUGGUUAAAAAAAAGUGCACAACGCAAUCAGGAAGUGUAUGGGCGUGCAUGGCUCCACUGCAAGUGGAAAAGCUCGAGGACGAAGCACCUCUGCCUCUCGAACAAAAUCAACACGUAGCCAAAACAGAAGUGCAGGAAGGAAAGCCAAAGUAGUUGCAGCUGAAGCUUCAAGUGUUAAAGAUACAAAAACAGUCUCGAAAAACUUGGUUGAUUCAAAGUUGAUUGUUGGUCCUGUUGGCAGUAGAUCACCUGCUAGGGCACAAAAAAAGGAAACCUCCAUCACCAAGCGCUCUGUUAUCACUUUUUACUCUAAUGUAUCUUCCUCUCAAGAGCAAGCUUCUGUAACUCCAGUUAGAACUUCAACUCGCAUUGCAUCUUUAAUAGAAAAAGAGAAGGAAGAUUCACUUUGCCUUAGAGAGCAAAUGAAAUCUGAGAUGUUAUCCAAUAUCAAGACACCACCAAUAAAACCAGCAUCUGCAAAAUCAAAGCCAAGUAAUGGACCGCAUUAUGAAUUCAUGGGUCCUAUUGGAGCUUUUCUUCUUCUGUUUUUUCUGCCAUUAAAAGUGUAUUAUGUUAACUUUGCUUGCUGCUAGGGUCAGUGCUCAUUUGUUCCAAGACUCCCACGAACUAUUACUAGUAUUUUUGAAGUUAGAGCGACCCUGAUCUACCUUGCAUGGUUUUUUUCAAGCUUUUCUUGCUGUAUUGCCAGUUGGAAAAGUUGUAGAUUGACAGCCUUUGAAAUCUGGUGGAAAACUAAAAUACAGAUGC